UGGAACUGAAAAGUGACGUCCUGACACCUGCGAUCAUCACGGACCUGGAAUGACGGGGGAGAAACUGCUUUGGUUGGCUGUCCCUGAUCUUGCCUGUCCAUUAAGAGGCCUGGAUCUGCUCUGUACCUCUGAGGGAGAUCUGCACCCCAGGAGCCAUGGAGGACAAACGCAACAUCCCCAUCAUCGAGUGGGAGCACCUGGACAAGAGGAAGUUCUACGUGCUGGGGAUCUGCAUGACGAUGAUGAUCCGGGUCAGCGUGUACCCCUUCACGCUGAUCCGCACGCGGCUGCAGGUGCAGAAGGGCAAGAGCCUGUACAAGGGCACUCUGGACGCCUUUGUGAAGAUCCUGCGGACGGAGGGCGCGGCCGGGCUGUACCGCGGCUUCCUGGUGAACACCUUCACGCUGAUCUCGGGCCAGUGCUACGUCACCACCUACGAGCUCACCCGCAAGUACGUGGCGCGCUACAACAACAACAACGCCGUCAAGUCGCUGGUGGCCGGCGGCUCGGCCUCCCUGGUGGCCCAGAGCAUCACGGUGCCCAUCGACGUCGUCUCCCAGCACCUCAUGAUGCAGAGGAAGGGGGAGAGCAUGGGCAGGUUCAAGGUGCAGAGCCAGGACGGCAAGCGGCUGCUGGUCUUCGGCCAAACCAAGGACAUCAUUGUACAGAUUUUCAAGGCUGACGGUUUUAGAGGCUUCUACAGGGGUUAUGUGGCCUCGCUGCUCACUUAUAUUCCCAACAGUGCGGUCUGGUGGCCCUUCUACCACUUCUAUGCUGAACAGCUCUCGAGUUUGACUCCUAAGGACUGUCCCCACCUCCUCCUGCAAGCCAUAUCAGGGCCCCUUGCAGCUGCAACAGCUUCCACCCUCACCAACCCCAUGGACGUGGUGAGGGCCCGGGUCCAGGUGGAAGGCAAGAGCUCCAUCAUUCUCACCUUCAAGCAGCUGAUUGCAGAGGAGGGUCCCUGGGGGCUGACUAAAGGCCUCUCUGCACGCAUCAUUUCAGCCACUCCCUCCACCAUUGUCAUCGUGGUGGGGUAUGAGACGCUGAAGAAACUGAGCCUGCGCCCAGAGCUGGUGGACUCGAGGCACUGGUAGGGGCAGCUGCUGGAGGAGAAUCUUCUGGGACCCCUCUGAGUCUGGACUGGUGCAGGGGAGAGCCUGGGAUGUGACACAGCUGCUGUGCCUUUGUCUCUGGCUGGUUUCACAGCACAAGGCAGAUACAAAAGCAACUGCACUUCACCUCUUUAGGUUUGAGUUUCAUACAGUGGUCUGCUGCUGGUUUUGCUUAAACUGUGACCUUUGUCAGUGCUGUUUGCCUGGGACAGUCCAUUCCAGGUGUGUGAACACGUCCUGGCAAGUUAUUAAUUCCUUUUUUUUUUUUUUAAUUAAAGACUUACUGGCUUAACCAAAGAGCCAGUUUAUUCUCUUUAAAUUAUUUUCAUCUUUGCCAAACUUCCAAGGAGAGGAGUCUCAGCCUGCAGCAGGACCCUCUGGUGGGAUGUCUCUAGUGGCACUUGUGCUAUGGGAAGCUGGAAGCAGAAAAUAGACAAGUGACUUUCUCCAAUUACCUGCAUUUAUUUCUAGAAGAUGUGAGGCAAGAGUAACCUGGAACCACUUCAGACCUGAUUUCCUGCGUUUUGAAUAGAUCUACAUACUUGUUUUGUAAUAUUCUUGGAAAAUGUUCCCUAUCUCUCAUCCUCCAGACAGCAAGCUGGCUGAUAGCAAGUCAGGAGCUGAGCUGGCUGUUUGGAAUUAGCUGAUGUCGGUUUUGGCACCUAACCCGUGUUUUUAAUCUGUUGUAAUUUAAUUUUUUUAUUUUAGGGGAGCUUAUUCUGAUUUCUGGGUAACUGAUUGAUUGUCCUGUGGCCUCGUUCAGUGUGUCAAUCCUGCAUGUUCAGAGUGGCUGCCGCCACUUCCCAGCUUAGUUAGUUUAAGCCCAGAAAUGCAGUUUGGAAGUGUCUGACUGUGGUGCUGCCGGCAGCUGGGUGAGAGCUGAGUGGGGUUUGAGCUACCAUUCGAUGGGAGGUGGGGAAGGGAAAACCUUGUGCUGGCUUUUGAUCCAGUUCAAACCUGACAGGCAUGUUCAUAUUGAAUAAGAAGUGGUAGUUCACUUCAUGUGAUUAAAUUCUGCUCAUCCAGUUUGGGAAGGGCAAGGAUAAUGUUUUGCACAAUUGCUGGAUCAGAAGCCUGAGCUAUGGUCUGUGUAUUUUACCAGGUGAAAACUUCAGGGGGAUGAAACCAGAGGCUGCUUUUUGGGGAGGAAAGGGAUUGUUUGACUGUACUCUGCUGCUCUUGGUGGUUGAGAUUUGCUUUUCAUGCUGCCAGCCCACACGUGGUGCUCGUCCCAGCUAGCCACAUCUGGGGGAGUUUGGGAUGCACCUCCAGACAGCAGAGUGCACCACCUCCAUUCCCCUUCUGCCAUAACCAGGAAUUUUGGUUGAGGUGUUGAUCCUGUGGCUGUUGCUGGGCUCCACUUGGUUGUCUCUUCCUGAGGGGAGUCACCAAGUGUGGCUCUGCCCUCCAUCCCAGUGCUGUCCCUGCCCAGCAGGCACUGGACAUGCCCCCAUGUCUGAUGGAGAUGGAGAGUGCUGAAGCUGCUGCUGAGGUGAGGGAGAGGCUUCUCUGCUAAGGGCAGAGCUUGAUUCUGAGGUGCAGUGCUGUGAUGGGGCUGUGGGUGAGUCAUCAAAGCCUCUUCAUCCCAUUUUUGUUUCUUGCAGUGCCCAGGCAGUGAAUGCUGGAACCAUUGGUGGAGCUGUUGGAGCAGCAACUUCUGCAGCUGCUCUGGUCACCUGUUUGUUGUUUAGAAGUUGACACCAGUUGGCUCUUGCUCUAAUAACAGAUUCUGCUCUGAAAAGCAGAACAACAGCACCCCAAAGUGCAAGGCAGCAGUAAUGCUAAUAUAAACAGGGACAAUAAUAAUCGACCUCUGCCAAGUGCAGCAGGGCCAGUCCCAGUGUGUGGCAUGGAGGGGUGGCAGCACCAGUGUGGGGAGACACUGUCAAACUUAAUGUUCCUCUCAUAACCAGCAACGUUCUUGACAACUAAUAAAAUUGAGAGACCUUC